UUGCAGUAUCCUAUUUCAUUCUAAUAACCUUUAGGCAUCUGUUGCCAGGCAUGCAAACCAGUAAUUAUGAAUCCAUACAGUGUAAAUAUAAAACUUUUCCCCAACAAUCUCAGUUUUCCUGAACAUAUUUCACCAUCCAGUAUGACUUUUGCAGCAGUAUUUGUUAUCAUGCUUGUGGUAUCAAUAGAUGUUGUUCAUGCUGGAGGGACGUGUGAGAACAAGAUUUUUGACAAAAUGAUUGACAAGAUAGUGGCCAUGCAAAAUAAAGAUGACAACACAGGAAGAGAUAGACCAGCUUUUACAGCGAGUCUGACUACUAGCGAGCCAACAAUCACGGGAAAAGUACCUAUCAAGUUUAACAAUGUAGUUCUGAAUCGUAGAGGUGGAUAUGAUCCCAGUACUGGUUACUUCACAGUACCCCAUACAGGCCUUUAUCAUAUCUCAGCUACUAUCAUGUCCAGAAAUGGAGCUACUUUUCAUGCCAGUCUUGACAAAAAUGGUCAGGAUAUAGUGUUAAUGUAUGGAACAAAAAUAAAUGGAGGCAACGAAAGUACAAACAUUGUUUUGGAACUCACCAAGGGGGACAAAGUUUGUGUGAAACAUUAUAUCUCAGGAUCAGAGGUCAUUCAUGGAUAUGGCUACUGCUACUUUUCAGGAUACUACAUAUCAAAAUAGAGUAAUUACAUGUAAAGA